AUGCUCAACUACUUACGCAUAACUGUCCGUAUAUGGCACAAGUCCAUCAUACCUGGCAAUGUAACGCCAUCUCAACGCGGCAUUGUGAAGUUUUAUGAAAAUUUGCAAAUGGUGGUCAAGAAACAGCUGAUGCUAAAGCUUGUGAAUUUUGAUCUGCAAAACUAUAAUCUUACGAAAGGAGGCGUAGAUGUGGUCGACAAAAUGAAAUCUGAAUAUUCAGCAGCACGAUUCAGCAAUAGAUGGCCAUAUACCGUAUUCUGUGGGCUUCUGAAUAUAUCAACCAUCAACAGCCAAAUAAUCUAUCGAGAGAAUACAAACAAUAUUAUUACCAGAAGACAAUUUAUAUCGGAACUUAGUAAAUUGCUUGUCAUGCCUCACCUGUAUAGACGUUCUCAGAUUCCAGGUCUGCCUUAUCUACUUAGUCAAAAGAUUAGAAACACAACUGAAGAAAGACCAACCCCAAAAAGAGACCAAGCCACUCAAGCCAAAGUGAGAUGUGAAUUCUGUCCAUUGAGAAAAAACAGGGUUUUCUUCAACUCUAGAGGAUUCCAGAAUGAAACAUCAGAAGAAGAAACCUUCAGUUCAGAAAUUUUAGAUGAAGAAUUUUCAGUGUUUCGUUAGUAUUUUUGUUAUAGUUUAUAACAAUAAUGUUUCACUAAUGUAUAGCUUAAUACUAUAAGUAAUACUAUACUUGACAAUAUAA